AUGUUAAUCACUGGCGAAUCCGGUGCCGGUAAGACAGAGAACACGAAGAAAGUCAUCGCAUACUUUGCGAAAAUCGGAGCUCGUACGAAGGCAAUGUCAACGGCCGGAGUGAAAACCGUACGAUUCGAAAAUCUUGGUGAAGCUUCGCUGGAGAAUCAAGUCGUACAAGCAAAUCCAGCCAUCGAAGCAUUUGGUAACGGUUCAACAGUAAGGAACUAUAACUCAUCGAGAUACGGUAAAUUUAUUCGAAUCCACUUUGACAAACGUGGAAAACUCGUCGGCGGCGAUAUUGAACAUUAUCUUCUUGAAAAAUCACGUGUGAUCAAGCAAGCGCCCGGCGAACGAUCUUAUCAUAUAUUCUACCAAAUCUUCACACAGAGAAAACUUCGUGACGUUUUCCAACUCGGCGAUGAUAUUUUGCAGUAUAAUUUCGUAUCACAAGCUGAGAUCACUGUUCCCGGUAUGGACGACAAGGACGAGUUCCGAAUCACCGAUAACGCAUUCGAUGUGAUGCACUUCAAUGAUCGAGAGAAAUAUGAUCUGUAUAAGGCUUGCGCCAUAAUUCUACACAUGUCCCGAUUCCGCUUCAAACAAAAACCCCGAGAAGAACAGGCCGAAGUCGACAGUAUGGAAGGUAAGCGUUUUCCAUUGAACCUUUUUUUCUUAUUGUUUCCCUUAGUACGACCGAAAAUCAAAGUCGGUACAGAAUGGGUGCACAAAGGACAAAACAAACAGCAGGUGCAUUGGGCUGUCGAGAGUCUGGCUAAGGCGAUCUACGCUCGGGUGUUCAACUGGCUGAUCCGACGCAUCAAUCGGACGCUCUCCAUCAACCUGGACGAGUCCGCCAACUACAUCGGAGUGCUCGACAUCGCCGGAUUCGAAAUAUUCGAUUGUAACUCAUUCGAACAGCUAUGGAUCAAUUUUGUGAACGAGAAACUCCAACAAUUUUUCAAUCAUCACAUGUUCGUCUUGGAGCAGGAGGAAUAUGAACGAGAAGGAAUUCAGUGGGCGUUUAUUGAUUUUGGUCUUGACCUACAGACCUGUAUCGAUCUCAUCGAAAAGCCACUCGGUAUCAUCUCAAUGCUGGACGAGGAGUGUAUUGUACCAAAAGCCACCGACACAACUUAUGUGGAAAAGUUGAACAGCCAACAUCUUGGCAAACACCCAAAUUUCCAGAAGGCUAAGCCACCUCGUGCGAAUCAGGCACAGGCUGAUUUCGCUAUAAUUCACUACGCUGGCACAGUUCGCUAUAGUGCGGACCAGUGGCUGGAUAAAAAUAAAGAUCCUUUGAAUGACUCAGCUGUGGCUGUGUUGAAGACAACUGACAAGGAGAGCUUGAUCUAUCAGAUUUGGGAAGACUAUGAGACGGAUGUCGACCGCGAAGAACUUGCCUCUAGAGGUAAAGUAAAAGAUCGUAAGAAAGGUAAAUCGGCUUCAUUUCUUACUGUAUCGACGAUGUACAGGGAGUCGCUUGCCAGUCUCAUGGCCAUGCUGCACACUACUCAUCCACAUUUUAUUAGAUGCAUAAUUCCGAACGAGAAAAAAGCUAGUGGAGUUAUCGAGGCACCACUUGUUCUCAAUCAGUUAACAUGCAAUGGAGUGUUGGAGGGCAUUCGGAUAUGCCGUAAAGGUUUUCCGAAUCGCAUGACGUUCGAGGACUUCCGCUUCCGUUAUGCGAUUCUCGGCCCAGACGAGGCGACAGGAAAAGACGUGGCUCAGGUGCAAGUGGUUCCCAGUCUCUCUUUUCAUUUUCUUUCUACUGCAUCGACAAAAGUGCUAGACCGACUCGUAAAAGAGAAUAAAAUUCUGGACGGGAAUUUUAAAGUCGGUAAAACUAAGGUAUUUUUCCGCGCUGGAAUCGUUGCUAAGAUGGAAGAGUUACGUGACGCUGCGUUGGGCAAAGUGAUCCUGAAGCUUCAGUCCGCUGCCCGGCGCUAUCUAGCCCAGGUUUGA